GCAUAGAGUGACGAUCUUGCAGUGGCCAAGGCACCAAGCUAAUCAGGUCAACGAAGUAGGUGGUAAGCAGUUUCACAGAUCAAUAAAGACGGUAACCAUAAGCUUUCCGUUACAUACAGAGCUUUUGCAGCGGUAUACCUGCCUCGUGGACGUCCUCCUCGUAUGCUCUCCCUUUGUAGCAUCUUCAGCCCCUGAUACAUGCAGUGAACACGCGAGUGUGUGCAAGGAAGACAGCUACCUACCACCCAGUGAGGUAAACAAAUAUACCAGGCAGAAAAACCUAAUCCCCGCCUUCCUUAACUCUCUCUGCCCAUCCGCACCAGCAUCUCCCGCUUGCCCCAGCCUUUCCCCUCUCUCACCACCACCAACCAGCAAUCCUCCAAGCAAUACGCCGGCCUUCAGCGCGACGAUGUCAUCACAGGUGAUCGACAGUCCAAACCCGGCGCCUCUGGCGUCACUCCUCCCAGACCAUGUCAUGGAUCUUGGAGUGAGUCUCGAGAAGAUAAAGCUGUCCAGCGAGGACCUCGCCGGCGUCAAAGAGUUCCAGAGCGCUGCUUGCUACAUCGCCGCCGCCAUGAUCUUCCUUCGCGAUAACGUGUUUCUCAAAUCUGAGCUCAAAUUCGAGCAUAUCAAGCCUCGCCUGCUGGGACAUUGGGGAACAUGCCCCGGCCUUAUCCUCAUCUGGUCGCACCUCAACAUCGUGAUACGUGAUCACGAUCUCGACAUGAUCCAGGUUAUAGGCCCUGGCCACGGCGCUCCCGCCGCCCUCGCCGCGCUGUGGCUCGAGGGCUCGCUCGAGAAGUUUUACCCGAACGAGUACACGCGCGAUUCCAAGGGCCUUCGUAACCUCAUCACCAAGUUCUCGGUCCCAGGCGGUUUUCCCAGCCACAUCAAUGCCGAAACGCCGGGCGCAAUCCACGAGGGUGGCGAGCUGGGCUAUGCCCUCUCUGUUUCCUUCGGCGCUGUCAUGGACAAACCCGACCUGAUCGUGGCCUGCGUUGUCGGCGAUGGCGAGGCCGAGACUGGACCUACCGCUACUGCCUGGCACUCCAUCAAGUAUCUUGACCCCGCCGAAUCUGGCGCUGUCAUCCCAAUUCUGCAUGUCAACGGCUUCAAGAUCAGCGAGCGCACCAUCUUUGGCUGCAUGGACGACAAGGAGAUCAUCUGUCUCUUUACUGGCUACGGCUACCAAGUCCGCAUCGUCUCUGACCUUAACAGCAUCAACAAUGACUUGCACACUGCUAUGGAGUGGUGCGUGUCCGAAAUCAGAGGCAUCCAGAGUCAGGCGCGCCGCGGAGCCGGUAGUGUCAAACCGCGCUGGCCCAUGAUUGUGCUGAGAACGCCCAAGGGCUGGUCCGGACCAAAAGAGGUCGACGGAAAGUUCGUCGAGGGCUCGUUCCACUCCCACCAAGUCCCGCUUCCCAAAGCCAAUUACGACGAGAUUCAUCUUGACAAGCUGGACGAUUGGCUGUCUUCCUACAAAUUCGACAAGAUGGUGGUUAACGGCAGACCGAGCGAGAAGAUCCUCCACACUCUGCCCAAGAAUGCCGCAAAAAGGCUUGGCCAGAUACCACUGGCAAACUGCCCCGAGACCUACCUGAAGCAUGUCGACUGGCGUCCAUUUGCAGUGGAAUGCGGCAGCACCGAGAGCUCUAUGCAAGUCUCGGGAAAGUUCCUGGACGUUCUUCUUCAGAGCAACCCUUCGCAGAUGCGCAUCUUCAGCCCGGACGAGCUCGAAAGCAACAAGCUCAACGCCGUGCUGGACCACACGCAGCGCAACUUCCAGUGGGACGAAUUUUCACGAGCCCAAGGCGGACGUGUCAUCGAGACGCUGUCGGAGCACCAGUGCCAGGGCUUCAUGCAGGGAUACACUCUCACCGGCGGCGCUGCCAUCUUCCCAAGCUACGAGUCGUUCCUAGGAAUCGUCCACACAAUGAUGGUCCAAUACUCCAAGUUUACCAAGAUCGGACGCAGCGUUUCGUGGAGGGGUGAUCUGCCAAGCAUCAACUACAUCGAGACGAGCACCUGGACGCGCCAGGAGCACAAUGGCUUCUCGCACCAGAACCCAUCCUUCAUCGGCGCCGUCCUGAACCUCAAGCCCGAGGCCGCGCGGGUCUACCUGCCGCCCGAUGCCAACUGCUUCCUGAGCACGCUCCACCACUGCGUCAACUCCAAGAACUACGUCAACCUGAUGGUCGGCUCCAAGCAGCCCACGCACGUGUACCUGACGCCGAACGAGGCCGAAGAGCACUGCAGGAACGGCGCGGGCGUGUGGCACUUUGCGUCGUCGCAGCGCGGCCUCGGCCUCGACUGCCACCCCCGGACCGAGUCGACGCCCGACCCGGACGUGGUCCUCUGCGGCAUCGGCACCGAGGUCACGCUCGAGGUGGUCAAGGCGGCCGAGCUGCUGGGCCAGGUGUGCCCGGACCUGGCGGUGCGCGUCGUCAACGUGACGGACCUGAUGGUCCUGUCGGCCCCGGGCAGCCACCCGCACGCGCUCUCGGAGGAGGCCUUCGCCGGGCUCUUCACGCACGACCGCCCCGUCUUCUUCAACUAUCACGGGUACGCGACGGAGCUGCAGGGCCUGCUGUUCGGGCGGCAGAGCGCCUACCGCCUCGACGUGCAGGGCUACCAGGAGGAGGGCACCACCACCACGCCGUUCGACAUGAUGCUCGCGAACGGCGUGAGCCGCUUCGACCUGGCCGCCAAGGCCCUGCACGCCGCCGCCCGCCACAGCCCCGCCGUCUCGGCCGCCCUCCAGCAGGCCCUGGGCGAGGUCCAGCAUCGGGCCGAGGGUGUAAAGGACCACAUCAGGGUCCAUGGCCAAGACCCUGAUGACAUCAACGAGCUCCCAGCCUACUAGAGCUAUGGCUGGGAGAUGAACUCGGCCGGCUGGGCCCUCGGGUCGCCCUUCCCGACGGGGUACGGGAUGGAGUGGUCGCCGGACUACUUCGACCCGUACCCCGUCCUACCGCUUGAGGAAGUCCUCAGCGAGAACUUCCUGGGCCGGCUGACGGUCGGCGACGACGGGGCGCUCGUCUUGGCCCCAGAUCCCGACGUGCCCCUGCCCAGCAUCGAGACCGACGACGAGGUCCCCUGGUAGGGGUACGGGGGGUUUUUUUUUAUUCUUCUAGGGCGGCCUUUUUUUUUUAUUUAUGGCGGUUUUUAGCCCGGGUUUUUGGUCACCUUUUUUUUUGUAAAAAAUAGAAAAAUGUAUAUUUAAUCCCAGUUCCAAG